UUCUUUCUCUCAGUUAAGACUCAAGAGUGCAAGAAGACCUCAAGGGAGGGGUAAAGGAACGGGACCGGAAGUAGCACCGGAAGUGUCGUGUGACGUGAUGGGGGAAUGGGAUUUGGAGCGUGAGCAGGAAGUGAACGUCUCUCCCCUCGGUUGAGCACCGGAAGUGGUUCCUUCCGAGCCCUUGUCACGUGACGGAGGGGUUGGGAGCAGCCUUGGAGGGAGCCGUUGCCUCAGAGGGGUCGGCCCGAGCGAGGCCCCGCGGCUCCGCGGCGGAGAAAGAAGAAGGAGGAGGAGAGGCCCGGAUGAGGGCACUUAUAACCCAAGCCCAUUCAUGAGUCAAGCAUUCCUUUUUUUAAGUCAUGGAUGACAAGGCCUCUGUUGGAAAAAUCAGUGUGUCUUCAGAUUCGGUAUCUACCCUUAACAGCGAAGAUUUUGUCUUGAUUUCCAGGCAAGGGGACGAAACGCCGUCCACCAACAACGGUAGUGAUGAUGAAAAGACAGGACUGAAGAUCAUAGGGAAUGGGAGUGAGCAGCAGCUGCGGAAGGAACUUGAGGACGUCCUAAUGGAUCCCCCUGUGGAAGACCCAUCCAAUGACCGAGAACAUGAGGAAGAGGAGGAGGAAGAAGAGGAGAGCUCCCCUGAUGCAGAGGGAGAUGAACCGGUUCUCCUUGAGGCAUCAGCCUCCUCUACCAUUAAUCCUGUGUCUGUGUCAGGCCCCCAAAAACCCGACAUGAGCCUCCCAGUGAAACCAGCACAGGGAGAUUCAGAGGAUUCGAGCCCUUUUACUCCAGUGGCUGAUGAGGACAGUGUUGUCUUCAGCAAACUCACUUACUUGGGCUGUGCCUCAGUCAACGCCCCCAGGAGCGAGGUAGAAGCCUUGAAGAUGAUGGCCAUCUUACGCAGCCAAUGUCAGAUCUCCGUGGAUGUGACCCUUUCGGUGCCUAAUGUGUCUGAGGGAACUGUGAGGCUGUUAGACCCUCCAACAAACACUGAAAUAGCCAACUACCCCAUUUAUAAAAUCCUCUUCUGUGUGCGAGGGCAUGACGGAACUCCGGAAAGCGACUGCUUUGCUUUCACCGAAAGCCAUUACAACUCUGAACUCUUCAGAAUUCACGUCUUCCGAUGUGAAAUCCAGGAAGCUGUGAGUCGAAUCCUGUACAGUUUUGCCACUGCCUUCCGCCGUUCUGCCAAACAAACGCCACUCGCGGCCCCUGCAGCCCCCCAGACGCCCGACAGCGACAUCUUCACGUUCUCUGUCUCUCUGGAAAUAAAGGAAGAUGAUGGGAAGGGCUACUUCAGUGCUGUCCCCAAAGACAAAGACAGGCAAUGCUUCAAAUUGCGCCAAGGCAUUGAUAAGAAGAUUGUCAUCUAUGUCCAGCAGACCACAAAUAAAGAGCUGGCCAUUGAAAGGUGUUUUGGCCUCCUCCUUAGUCCCGGGAAGGAUGUGCAGAGUGGCGAUAUGCAUUUGCUGGAUCUGGAAUCUAUGGGCAAAAGCUCUGAUGGGAAGUCCUAUGUCAUCACUGGAAGCUGGAACACAAAGUCACCACACUUCCAGAUAGUGAAUGAAGAAACGCCAAAAGACAAAGUGCUGUUCCUGACCACAGCGGUGGAUUUGGUCAUCACUGAGGUCCAGGAACCUGUCCGGUUCCUCUUGGAGUCCAAAGUCCGUGUCUGUCCCCCAAAUGAGAGGCUCUUCUGGCCUUUCAGCAAACGAAGCUCCACAGAGAACUUCUUCCUGAAGCUGAAACAGAUAAAGCAGAAGGACCGAAAGAAUAGCACAGACACCCUCUACGAAGUCGUGUGCCUGGAGAGUGAAUCGGAAAGGGAGCGGCGGAAAACCACUGCCAGCCCAGCACUCCGCCUGCCCCAGUCUGGGUCCCAGGGCUCAAUGAUCCCUUCCCCACCAGAGGAUGAUGAAGAGGAAGACAAUGACGAACCACUCCUGAGUGGCUCAGGGGACGUCUCCAAAGAGUGUGCAGAAAAAAUUCUCGAGACAUGGGGAGACCUUUUGUCUAAGUGGCACUUGAACCUGAGCGUGCGGCCCAAAACCUUGCCGACGCUGGUGAGGAGCGGAGUCCCUGAAGCCCUGAGAGGGGAGGUCUGGCAGUUGCUUGCGGGAUGUCACAACAACGACCAUCUGGUGGAGAAGUACCGCAUCCUCAUCACAAAGGAGUCCCCCCAAGACAGUGCCAUCACCCGCGACAUCAACCGGACAUUCCCUGCCCAUGAUUACUUCAAGGAUACCGGGGGAGAUGGCCAAGACUCCUUGUACAAGAUAUGCAAGGCCUAUUCUGUCUACGAUGAAGAGAUUGGCUAUUGCCAGGGCCAGUCAUUCCUUGCUGCUGUGCUGCUUCUCCACAUGCCUGAAGAGCAGGCGUUUAGUGUUCUGGUCAAAAUCAUGUUUGACUAUGGACUCAGGGAGCUUUUCAAACAAAACUUUGAAGAUUUACACUGCAAGUUUUACCAGUUGGAGCGGCUCAUGCAGGAGUAUAUUCCCGACCUCUACAGCCACUUCCUGGACAUCAGCCUUGAAGCACACAUGUACGCCUCGCAGUGGUUCCUCACGCUUUUCACAGCAAAAUUCCCGCUUUACAUGGUCUUCCACAUCAUCGACCUGCUGCUGUGUGAGGGCAUCAGUGUUAUAUUUAACGUGGCACUCGCAUUGUUAAAAACUACUAAGGACGAUCUGCUGCUGACGGACUUUGAGGGGGCCCUGAAGUUCUUCCGCGUGCAGCUGCCCAAGCGUUACCGUUCGGAGGAAAACGCCAAGAAGCUGAUGGAGUUGGCAUGUAGCAUGAAGAUCAGCCAAAAGAAGCUGAAGAAGUAUGAACGGGAAUAUCACACCAUGAGAGAGCAGCAAGCUCAGCAGGAGGAUCCCAUAGAAAGAUUUGAGAGGGAGAACCGGCGCUUGCAGGAAGCAAACAUGAGGCUGGAGCAGGAGAACGAUGACCUGGCCCACGAGUUGGUGACCAGCAAGAUUGCCCUGAGGAAGGACUUGGACAACGUAAGAGACGAGAAGCGUCUUGCUACAUUGGCAGAGGAAAAGGCUGAUGCCCUGAACAAAGAGCUGCUCAUGACCAAGCAGAAGCUGAUCGAUGCUGAGGAUGAAAAGAGGCGCCUGGAAGAGGAGUCAGCACAGCUGAAAGAGAUGUGCCGCCGGGAACUGGACAAAGCAGAGUCCGAAAUUAAGAAGAACAGCUCCAUCAUUGGUGACUACAAGCAGAUCUGCUCCCAACUGAGUGAGAGGCUGGAGAAGCAGCAGGUGGCCAAUAAAGCGGAAAUCGAGAAGAUCCGGCAAAAAGUUGAUGACUGUGAGCGCUGCCGGGAGUUUUUCAACAAAGAAGGGCGGGUGAAGGCAGCCAGCAUUGUCCGAGAAGGCUCUGAGGAAGAGACCGACGAGGAGAAGGAGGCCCUGAAGAACCAGCUGAGAGAAAUGGAGCUUGAACUGGCCCAGACCAAACUGCAGCUGGUGGAGGCAGAGUGCAAGAUCCAGGAUCUCGAGCAUGACUUGGGGCAAGCGCUGAACGAGGUGCAGGCGUCGCGAAAGACGUGGUUCAACCGAACGUUGAGCUCUAUAAAGACGGUGACGGGGGUGCAAGGGAAGGAGACCUGCUGAAGCGGCGUGUUGAGGCCACCUCCUGUCUGGACACCCUUCUGCCUUCCGUUUCCCGCCGCUGCCGGACGCCGCGUGGGAGAGAGGACCAGAAUGUACAUAAGACUCUAGGGAAAAACAAAAACAAAAAAAUACCACACAGCGCAUGUCGGGGCUUUCCACAGGUCAGUGACCCGGGCUGGACGCGAGGCUUGGCUCAGCCUGGCCAGGCGCAGCCUCUUCAUACUACUGAUAUUUAACCCAGGGGUGUAGCUGUAGGCCCAGGCUCUUUUUGGAGAAGACUAAAGAAAACACAAAACACUCCAUUCUACAGUCUGGUUCGGAAGGGCAUUUCGCCGGCCAAGGUACGAAAACAAAAACCUUACCAAAACCUCUAACUUAUUCAGUUUACAGGCGAGAGCUUUUUUUACCGUUAUAACUUUUUAAACAUUUUAUUUGGAAGGAGCAGCAAAACUCUUUUAACAAGAUGUGGCAUCAGUGCCAGGGAGCAGAUUCCUCCUCCUCCCCUCCCUUCCCUCAUCUGACCUGCCAGGUGGGGAUGUUUUGCAUGGUUACCUUUUGGAACAGGGUCCUGACCCCCAGAAGUGUCUGUCUGCCCCUUUCCUGCGGCUCUCCUUGCUGAACAUUUAGGUUAAUUCUAUGCAACUCUGAGGAGGGAAGUAUGGCUUUCCUUGUGUUCCCUUUCCUCUCCAGCCCUCCCUGCUCCAAAGAGGUGGGAACAGUCCGUUUCCGUUUUGCACAUGGCUUGUGCGCCGAACCCUAUAAAUGCACCUUUGUCGUUUCAGUGUGCUGGGUCCAGGCUUAACUGAGCCCACUGUGGUUCUCAUCGAAAUCAGGGGAACAAAAGUUAAGCCAAGACUGACUUUUCCCGUUGAUUUCAGGAUCCAGCUGUCUCUGUUCUGGAAAUAGUGGCUUUGUACUUUAACUUAACAAGAAUUAAGAACUUUAAAUUAUUGUUCACCUACGUCCGUUUUGUUUUCUGCUUUUCCUUUUGUGGGGAUUUCCCUGCUUUUUCCAGGGUGCUUUUCUAGUUUUGCACAUAGAUAGGAGGAACAGGAGGGAAAAAAGACACCACUGAGAAUGGGAAAGAGAGGCUCAGACGCCAUUUUCACUAGCGCUGCUUUUAUCCCUGCCAGGGCUCUUCAGACAUUCUGGCAGCUCCAAUGGCAGGAUAUAUCUUCUUUUCCUCGUGUUCCUCUGUCUCCAACUCAGUGCUUCUUGUAACUACACCGGUAGGUACUAACGCUGCUUGGAUUUCUGAGCGCUUAAGAGCAUCUGGAACUUCUCACCAGAAAACCUGUAGAAUGGAGGUUUUUGCACCUUUGUAUUUCUUUCCUUUUUUUAAUUUAUACUGGUUUGUGCUAUGCUGAAAAAGCUAUUGUAUCAGCAGAUAAAACUUCUGUUGUGUGCGGCGUGUGAGUAUAAGCUGGUUACAAUAAGAGGCACUGGUUUGUAUAUAAAGAUAAUUUGUACUUCUACGUUAUUAUUUUUUCUUGUUGACCAGACUAAUGCUAGCUAAUGGCACCUGAGAGGACAAGGAGGUCCGGCCGUGCGAUGCCCAAAAGAUCCGAGACUUCUCUUCCCCUUUAACUGUGUACAUGAAUAUCUUUAUUGUUUAAUAAUACCAAAAAGCAAACAAAAAAAAGAAGAAGUUAUUGUUAACUCCAUCAAUAAUAGACGUGUGGACAUUGUAGUAGAGUAGGUGCAGUGUGUAGACCUUUGGACUGAUAUAUAAACUAGUAAAAUUGUAUUACUAAA